CAUAUGUAUGUAUGUAUAGUUUUUAUCGGUUUGUCUGCAAACUGUUUAGAUAAACGAUUAUUUUAUUUCGAUUACUUAAAAUUAGCAAUCAAGAUUCAAAAUAAUAUCGAUCGAUUGUUAUCGUUAUCGUUAUCAAUUUCAUUUGUGCAAACUACACGCGUUUCAGAAACCCUUAAAUAUUAACAAUUUCCCAAAUCAAAAUCAAUUGAUCUUGUGUUUCAUCGAAUUCGUAAAGAUUACAGCUAGACUGUAAGAUAAUAAUGCUAAACAAAAGAUUUCGUAUCUCGUUCCAAUCGAGCUGACGACACUCAACUGUCUAAUUGUAAUGAGAAUCGUGUUUAAAUUACGAGGACGCCUAUCACAAACGACUGAAUACAACAACAAACAGAAUUAGUUCGAUUAAUAAUAGUAAAUUGGUAGAAUCGCGCCUUUCAUUUCGCUGAUAUAGCAUUGAGCGCUUAUCAGUCAAGGAAAGGCCGGAGAGGAAUUCCAGCAGUAGCAGAGCGCAUUCGGGCACUCGAGUGACUCGAGCAAAUCAGCUGGUUUCGACUACGCUCUUAACUAUUUCUCAAAGAGGCCGCGGCCGAGCACGCCAGCUGACAGUACGUGCGUGGCAUCGAACGAGAGCUGAACGCUGACUGCUCCUCUAUUGCCGCCUCCGCACGGCACGAAGCGUUCGUACGGCACGCAUACGGAGUGGAGUCUCCAUCGGGUUCGGAGUCAAGAGCGGAGAAUCUGGCACAAAGCAUUGCCAUGGAUUUCGAUGAGAUACUGGCCAAGUGCGGCAACAGGCAUCGCUAUCAAUACCUGCUGCUUGGCCUCUACAGUCUGUUGAUGUUCGUAACAUCGAUGCACAACUUCUCACAGAACGUGAUUGGCUUUGUGCCCGAUCACUGGUGCUAUCACAAGCAGUUGGAAAACCGCAGCUUCGCACAAAUCGAGGCCAUCUAUAAUCAGUUCGAUUAUCCCUCAUGCACGCGCCUGGAGACGAUCGGCCCAGAUUAUGAUGGGCGGAACGCAACUGUCAGUGGGGAGCAAUGCGAUCGUUGGAUCUAUAACUAUGAUUUCGGAUUUAGAAGCAUGAACACUGAGCUUAAUUGGGUCUGCGAUGAUGCCUAUAAAGCACCCGUGGGACAAUCUUUCUUUUUUAUAGGCUCCAUGUUUGGCACGCUCAUCUUUGGCAUUCUGGGCGACAAAAUUGGGCGAAUCAAGUCUGUUAUUUUGGCCAAUAUGUGCGGCUUUUUGGGCGACUUCUCAACGAUCUUUACGAGCAGCCUGUUUGCCUUCUCCACAGCACGAUUUGUGUCGGGUCUCGCGGUGGAUGCCAACACCUAUCUCAUGUAUAUUCUUGCGCUCGAGUAUCUUCCUCCCUCGCUACGCAAUUCCAGCCUGAGCAUAAGCAUGGGCAUCUUUUACUGCCUGGGCAUGAUUAGCUCCUGCGGAUUGGCCGUCCUGGCGGGCCAUUGGCGGAUAUUCCUAGCCUGCUCCUCGCUGCCGCUGCUGCUGAUCGUACUGUUCUAUUUUCUGGUGCAGGAGAGCGCCCAGUGGCUGGUCACUCGAAAUGAUAUCGAUGGGGCCGUACGGUGCUUGCGGCGCGUGGCCAAAAUGAAUCGUCGUAAGGUCAGCGAGGAGGAUUUUCAGGAGUUCCGAAAAUAUUGCCAGAUCAAUUGCAUCAAGAAAGCGCAGGAGUCUAAUGAGCAUGAGCAGGACAAAUUCAUUGACCUGUUCAAGACGCCGCACUUGCGCAAAACCAUCAUCAUCAUGCUGACCACAUUCACUAUCGUAACGGUCUGCUAUAACACCUUGGCACGCAAUGUGGAGGGUCUGGGUAUAUCCCCGUUGAUAAUGUUCUCGCUGAGCGCACUGACCCUGCCGCCCUCUGGUUUCAUCCAAGCCGAUAUCCAGAAGCGCAUCGGCCGCAAGGGCUCUUCCGUGCUGUCAUUGCUGCUCACGGGCCUGUUUACGGCAGCCAGUGGAAUAGCGUUGUCCGUUUGGCAGAAUCCCAGUACGGUGCUCUUGAUAUCACUGAUGAUUGCUUCCCGGUUCGGUCUAUCCAUUUGCUAUGGCUCGACUUUGCUGUUCUCCACGGAGCUGGUGCCCACCUGUGUGCGUUCCCGUGGCCUCAGCGUGGCGCACAUGGUCGGCGCGGCUGCCUCCCUGCUCUCGCCCUACAUUCUGCACCUGGGCACCUUCUACAGAGCCGGCCCCUCGAUUAUACUCUGCCUGCUGUUCCUAACCGGUGCCUUCUUCUGCCUGUUGCUGCCAGAGACGGAGAAUCGCAGGUUGCCCAUUACACUGGCCGAGGGCGAACAGUUUGGCAGAGGAGAACGCAUGUUUGACUUUUUAAGGCAACCAAAGGCCGAGCAAACUGAAGCUGCGACUCCUCUCAAGCAAACUUCUUGAUGUACUACAAUGGUUCCUGUAUGGAACUUUGAGUUUGAUCAAUUAAUUAAUUAAGCUGCGCCAUCUCAUCGACAUAUGUGAAGAAUGCGACAAAGGGGCAGAGCUAAUGAGUGACGUACUUAAGAGUAUCAGACUACAAUAUACCCUGUACGCGAGUGAAUACCAUCGCAUCGCUUCUCAACUGAUUGGAGCAAAUUGAGUUGCGAAAGUAUUCGAUUAGAAAAACUGUUAAAUAAUAUUAAGUUUAUUUUAAUCACUGUCAUAAUCAAUUUGCAUAAUAUAUGCAAUAUUCAAUAUUGUGGUUGGAAAACAUGAUUUCUGUUAUGAUGACGAAGGAAUUUAUUAAGAACUUAUUAUCUAAAUCCACAAGCAGAUACUGAAUGCAUACAUUACCAUAUUUUAAUUUUAUUUGUAUAAUUUAACUGCCAUUUAUAUUGGAUAUUUUGGAAACUUAUUUUAGAAAUAUAAUAGAAAUCGUUUUACAAAAGAGAAUGUACAAACUUUUGCUUAUCAAACAUGGAUAUUUUUAGAAAAUAUACAGACAAUGAGUAAAUAU